AUGGGGCUCCAAUUUAUUGCUCGCGGGGCUUUUGUUGCCCUCUGGUUGCUGGGAUGCACAGUAAAAGCCAUAGAUUUAGAUACGUCUUCCAAGGAGUCGAUUUGCAACGCUACAGUAUUGAUUCAAGCGGGUAUCAUGGACUACUAUGAGGGUUCUAGAUAUGGUGGUACUGUAGGGAUGUUCCAGGCCCCCUACUACUGGUGGGAAGCCGGCGAAGUCUUUGGAGGCAUGCUGGAAAAUUGGUUCUUGUGCGAGAACACCAGUUAUGAAAGUGUGAUUUAUGAUGCUAUGCUGGCACAGGCCGGUCCUGACUACGAUUACAUGCCCUCAAAUCAGUCCAUGGUCGAAGGUAACGAUGAUCAAGGCGUAUGGGGUAUCACCGUAAUGGACGCCGUGGAAAGGAACUUCACUAACCCCACCGAAAAAGGUGCGCCCGGCUGGCUAGCCAUGGUUCAGGGUGUAUUCAACACAAUGUAUUCACGUUGGGAUGACCAAAGCUGCGGUGGUGGUCUCAGAUGGCAGAUCUUUACAUGGAAUUCAGGUUACAAUUACAAGAAUACUAUAGCAAAUGGAUGUUUGUUUCAGUUAGCCGCAAGGUUGGGCCGUUACACAGGUAACGACACGUACUUGGAAGUUGCUGAUAAGGUCUUCGACUGGAUGGUUGAUGUCGGAUAUAUUAAGCUAUCCGAUAAAGCCAAUGUUUACGACGGUGCAACGACCGACAAGAACUGUACUGAUAUUACAACAAUAGAAUGGACUUACAACCAAGGCGUUGUUUUAGGAGGUGCUGCCUACAUGUAUAAUGCGACCAAUGGGUCCUCAAUAUGGGAGACACGACUCACUCAACUCCUGGGUGGAUCUACCGAUUUUUUCUUCAAAGAUCAAAUCAUGUAUGAAGCCACUUGUCAAGAUUCUAAGACUUGUAACAACGACCAAAGAUCAUUUAAAAGUAUCUUCUCGCGGAUGUUAGCACUAACGAGCACAAUAGCUCCUUUUACCGCCGAGACAAUUGACCCUUUAAUGGAAGCUUCGGCUCUAGGAGCUGCUAAAUCCUGUACAGGAGGUAGUGACGGUCACACCUGCGGCACUAAUUGGCAGCUAGGCUCAAACGAUGGACAGUAUGGUUUAGGUGAGCAAGCCUGUGCUUUAGAGGUUAUGCAAAGUUUAUUGAUCCACCAGAGGCCCGCUCCUUAUAGCGCGAAUGACGGUGGGUCCUCUGUCGGUGAUUCUAAUGCCGGCUUAAACAAGAGUACUACUAAUGUUCUGCAUAGUGACCUGACAAUAACCCACAAAGAUAAAGUAGGCGCAGCAAUCAUAACAGCAGUGGUAAUUGCUGUGAUUGUUGGUGGUGCGGUAUGGAUGAUGUUCUAG